UUCGUCGAAAACAAAAACCAUCUUCUGCUAAACGCCGAAGCCGCUUUCAACUAAGCACAGCCCAAGAACAAGAAGUGUUUAUGAGCAGCCUCUGUCCUGCGAUCCUAGAGAUUCGACUCGAAUAUGGCAUUUAGGCAAACAAUAAAAAACGCAAGUGCUGUUUCAAUCCCACCAGCAAAUUCAAUACCUGGGUUUAACAGAUUCUUCUCCAAAUCUCCAGCUUACGUUGUGAAGGUUGGAAUUCCAGAGUUCCUUAAUGGAAUAGGGAAAGGAGUUGAAGCCCAUGUAGCAAAGCUAGAAUCUGAGAUUGGCGAUUUCCAUAAACUUCUUGUUACGCGGACCCUGAAGCUCAAGAAGCUAGGCAUUCCUUGUCAACAUAGGAAGCUGAUACUGAGCUAUUCCCAAAAGUACAGGGUAGGGCUUUGGAGGCCUAGAGCUGACCUUAUGAAAGUGAAAUAAUUUUCGGGUUUGUCACGCCUUCAAGGAUGACAAGAUUUGGGUUUGUUACACCUUCAAGGAUCACAAGAUUUCUGUUUGCACCUAUGCAUAACUGAUAGACAUUGCUAAGUGGUUUUGUGGUUUCUAAAGAUUAGAUACCAUGGCAUGAGUUAUGCUUUGUCGCUUCUGUCAAAUUUUGGACAGUUAGAAAGGAUUAUAUUUUUUUUAGCAAUGCAUGAUGAGUUAUUUGGUGAUAA